GUUGCAGUAAAAUUGUUUGGAAUACGCGCGGGUGAAGCGCGCAGAACGUUUCUGCGUCCGAACUGUAUCAGCGCGGAGGGAAGAGCGGUGCGCGCGCACUGGCGAACACGGGAGAAAGUCGUUCGCCACUUUGUUUCGCAUCAUAUGAGCUUCAGAAACCGAGGCGAAUAACUUUUUUUGUCAAUUUCGCGGACUUAACGGAUGCCCCCGGACAGUGGAAAGCAGAGUUAGCCUCUCUUGCUCCUUCAAGUACUUUCUUUGGGAUGGGCUAUUUUCAUAACGUCAUUUCAUUCCUCCCUCUUUUUCAUUUUCUCUUUCUUUGAUUCUUUCUCCCACCAUUUCCUAAAUGGAACAGAUUGCAGCACCCCACGCGUUUUCCUGCCUGCAAAGUUUGGUUUCAAACGUGUACACAAUUUGCGCGUUCUCUUUUGCCGGGCGUCUCUUGAUUUAACGGACUCGAAGUGGAAGUCAGAAGUGGCGGCGGUGGAAGUGUUAAUCAUGAUGAGGCUUACCAUGAUUAACUGUGAAAAAUGAUCCACUAACUUGUCGGUGUUUUGCCACAUUUCAAGUGACGCGCUCCCCUUUCAACAUGAUGUAUUCUCCUCUCUGUCUAACUCAGGAUGAAUUCCAUCCGUUCAUCGAGGCGCUGCUGCCGCACGUGCGUGCCUUCGCCUACACCUGGUUCAACCUGCAGGCCCGUAAGCGCAAGUAUUUCAAAAAGCACGAGAAGCGGAUGACCAAGGACGAAGAGCGUGCCGUCAAGGAUGAGCUCUUGGGCGAGAAGCCCGAGGUCAAGCAGAAGUGGGCGUCGCGCCUCCUCGCCAAGCUCCGCAAAGACAUCCGGCCUGAGUGUCGGGAAGACUUUGUGCUUUCCAUCACGGGGAAGAAGCCUCCAUGUUGCGUCCUCUCGAACCCAGACCAGAAGGGGAAGAUGAGGCGCAUCGAUUGUCUGCGGCAGGCGGACAAAGUCUGGCGCCUAGAUCUGGUGAUGGUGAUUCUGUUCAAGGGCAUCCCGUUGGAGAGCACGGACGGGGAGCGGCUGGUCAAAGGCGGCCAGUGCUCCAACCCCAUCCUCUGCGUCCAGCCUCAUCACAUCAGCGUGUCUGUCAAAGAGCUGGACCUCUACCUCGCCUACUUCGUGCAGGAGAGAGAGGCUGAACAGAGCAGUAGUCCUCGCACAGGCAUUGGUUCAGAUCAGGAGGACAGUCGAGCAGCCACCAUGGAUGCUCCAGAGUUUCAAGAGAGCUUCGUAACUUCGGGCGUCUUCAAUGUAACAGAACUGGUGCAAGUAUCAAGAACACCGGUGGUGACGGGCACGGGGCCGAACUUCUCUCUCGGAGAGCUGCAGGGUCAUCUUGCUUAUGAUCUGAACCCUUCAGGGGUGGGAAUGAGGAGAACCCUUCCCAGCACCUCCUCUAGCGGAAGUAAGAGACACAAGUCAGGAUCGAUGGAGGACGAUAUAGACACCAGCCCAGGGGGCGAGUACUACACCUCUCCCAACUCACCUGCCAGCAGUUCACGCAACUGGCAAGAGGAGAUGGAAGGAGGAAUCUCCCCUACAGUUAAGAAGACAGAGAUGGAUAGUCCAUCUCCUCAGGAGAGCUCUCCACGUCUCGGCUUCACACAGCACCACAGACCUGUCAUUGCAGUGCACAGCGGUAUUUCUCGGAGUCCACAUCCCUCCUCGUCUCUGCACUUCCCUGGCGCUCCCAUUCUCCCCCAGACUGCCUCCACCUACUUCCCGCACACGGCCAUCCGGUACCCCCCUCACCUCAGCUCUCAAGACCCGCUCAAGGAUCUUGUCUCUCUGGCCUGUGACCCGUCCAAUCAACAGCCCAGCCCGAGGAAAGUCAUGCCGGUUUGGAACAACACAGGGCUGAAUGGCAGUGGUCAGGUGAAGGUAUCCAGUCACUACAUCUCCUCUCAGAUGCGCCCCCCACCACCCCCCGGCCUGCCCCGUCUGACGCUGCCCCCAGAGUCCAAAUCCAGCACCACCUCUGCAGACGCAGCUGCCAGCUCACCCACCUCCCCCACAUACUCUGCUCCCGGGACGCCACCUGCCAACCGCCCCUUCGUAGGAAUUGGUUCUCGAGACACUGGCAGUCUGUAUCAGGCACAGUCCUGGUAUCUGGGGAACUGAUCAUCACACGCACGCAGACGAACCCAAGGAGGCACAGACAUGGAUUUGAAAAAUCAAUUUUUUGUGGAAUUUACAAGAAAAAAAAAAAGUUGUGAACGAGAUGCGAGAGGGAAAAUCAGAUAUAUAUGCAGUAUUUGUAUAUAUACACACACAUAUAUAUAUAUACACAAUAUGUGUGUAUAGAUAUAUGUGCACACAUAUUUAUAUAUGCAUAACGACGUACAGUAUAAGAUGCUUCAAUACACUUUUUUUCGAAAAGACAAUGGAAACGGAGAGACGAGCGUGAGAGAACGGCCAUAGAUGGAACGGAAGAAAAGGAGACAAAAGAGGAGGAUGUUUUUUUUGUUUGUUUUUCUGGGAGGGCAGCCCCGAACUAUGGCGUACGUUGACGGACGUGUCGAAAAAGGCCCACCCUGACUCCCUGCCUCCUGGAAUGCCUCUCCUCAACCCCCUCCUUCUGCUACAGGUGCUGCUUCCUCCUAUAUGCAAAAUAAGUAUCCUUUAUUUUCUUAACGAACAGGGAAGAGAAACCCCAACGAAAGGGUUUUUCCGCUAGCAUUUCGCCACAGGUUUGGAGGUGAGCACGGUCUGUUUUUAUUCGUUUUUUUAAGUGCGCAACAGCAACGUGGAAAAGGAAACGAAAAGGUCGAUGCUUCCGUUCACACGACAUUUCGGAAAACGAAAAAGAAACGCAAAAGGCUACUUUUCAUCCACUUUUAUUGACAAUCAUAUAUCUGCGUCCUUGGUUUCGUUCAGAGGGUGAUGUUUUUCUAAAUUGCAUUCUCCACCGUUUGUAACGGAGUCCACUUUUUGGUGGAAGCCCGUCAUGUUUUUUGUACAUCGGAGGAAUAUUAGUGGUACCUCAGUGACAUUAUACAUCACAGUCAGCGUCUAUACACACAUGCACACACACUUACAUGGAAACACACCUGUCUUGAGGCAACGGCAUGUACUGUUAAAGGCUACACGAAGUGUGUGUGUGAGCUUCAUAGGAUGAGCCAGGGAAUAGCAGGGGCGAAUUAGCACCUUCCUCUCUUCGCAAUAUGACAGCCCCUCAUUCCCUGCACCCCGCCGCCGUAAGUGUGUGUGCGUGUGCAUCCGUGUGUUUGUGCGUGUCAUAAACAAGUAGUCCCUUAUUCAUCUCUGUGAGUUCACAGAUUAGGGGGUUUUUGAUUCAUGUAGAUAACGUGGAUAUUUCCACAUAGUGACAAAGGGAGUUGAAAUAUAGUUCUGUCAUUACUUAGACAGUAUUGGGUGUAGAGGAUAGAAUUUUUUUCUCUCUAUGUGUAAUUUGUUGAAAUUCAUUGGAAAUUACAGGCAUUGCACUACUUUUACAUUUUUAUUUUUUUUCCUCUUUUGCAAAUUCCUGUUCGGCCUAAUCAUAUGGAAUGCUGCGAGUCGAUUAUUUUUGUCAUGUUCUGAUCUCACGGUAGAUGAGGCUUGGUUUCCGAGUAGUUGAUCAGAACAAUCCAACAUUUUCUAUGUAAAUGUGUCCAUGUUUAUGUGAUGAUUACUUUUAUACAAUUCCCAUAGUUUAAGAAGAAAAAAAAACAAAAAACAGGCUUUCUUUUUUUCCCACGUUUCUACUGCGAGAAACUAUGACUGUUUUUAUUUCGAAGCAGAUUAUACACUUUAAUCCGUAGGAAUGUCAAUGACGUGACGCGAGACGGGCUGUGAUGCCCUACGACGACAUACGAAAAGGAAGUCAGCGGCUAUGCCGCCCAUCCCAGAGUUCCCCUGGGAGGCGGACGCCUACGACCAGCAUGUCUCUGGUUGGUUGCCUCAGAAAUGGGUUAUUCUGCACUCUGAGAUGUGUUGAUUUGUACUAAUGAAACAACAUCAGGGCUUAAUCUACAACGCUACCGAACCCAAAUCACGAAGCCAUGAAAAGUGCCUGAGACAUUGCAAGAUUUUCAUUUAAAUUCUUCUACUUUUUUUUUUAAGACUUGGACGUUUUGCUUCAUCUAUUGUGGGUUGUUGUUGUUGUAGGAGUUCGAGGGGUUGUUUUUAUGCCCAGAGACAUAUUUUAAAAGACCUAGCAAGCCCCUCAUCAGCUGCAUGGGCUAACGCUUAGCCACCGGAAACGCAGACGGCUGAACAAAACACACACAUACACCCUUGUAAUCUGCCAGGACGUGACAAAAUCAACACAUAUCAGAGCUUUACUAGGUACCCUUACAAAAACACACACAUACACACCGAUAUGAUAUAAUAUCCACACUCUCUGGUUGCUUCGCUAACCUUUUAUAAUGGCUUUGCAUACACAUUCUAUUGAGUUGACCAUUGUAAGGCCCACAUACGACAUGACUUGUUUUAAUGGUGCUGAUAUGAAAAUUAUAUGGAAAUCUCUAUAUAUGAAUUAUAUAUAACUGUGCAUGGUGCUUUCAAAAGAAAAAUCAUGAGAAUUAAGCUCAAACGACCACCGUAUCGCUGACAUGGGCGCAUGGCAGAUAAUCUUAGUAUUAGCUCUGAAGCAAAAUGCUCCCCGACUUCUCCUUAACAACCCCCCUUUGAGCAAAGAGCCAAUGACACAGAUGGAUUUUACCUUUGUACUACAUUGGUUUGACUUUUAUCCAACAAUCCCUCUUCUACUUUGCACGAUAUUUUAUAAAACAUAUUAUGUGCCUUGCCUUUAGUUAAGAACGAUAAUGCGUAAUUUUAAAGGAGUCGAUUACUUUUUUCUCUUUUAUUUUUUUGAUGUAACCAGUGUCACAAAGGAAAAUAAUGCUGCAUGUUUGAUUGCCUGUCAUUAUCAGAAUAAGACUUAAAACAGGUUACCUGAUAGCUGUAGUUUUGGAUGGGUGCGAGAGGCUUUUUUUGACCCUCUUCCUCUUUUAAAAGCAUUGUAGUUGGCAUGAAAUUUUCCCUGCGUUAUUUUAUUUCCGUUUUAUUUCCCUCUUCCGUUCAUGUAUUGAGAAAGUAACAAUCUGUGAAAGAUGCAGUACCAGCUCUCUUCAUAUCAGCUUCGAGCUGACGUUUUGAUUCCGUUAGUUUGUAUGUUAUCAUGUAUUUAAAUGAGUACCCAUUAUGGAUGUGAAGAGGAGCGGCCAGAGAUGGACAUAGUGAAAAUUAGAUGGCCGUCCUCUAUAAACCCAUCAACUAUUUCACAACUGAGCACUUAGCAAAUUAUUUUGCAAUCAACUUGACGUCCACACAGAGAUAUUUUUGCUUUUAUCAAAGGGUCAAAUUUACAUUUGAUUAUUUAAAAAAACCUAGGCAUUUGUUAAAGGGAUAGUUCACGCCAAAAAUGUACACUGUAAAAAGAUUAUCGGAGUAUGUUUUAUUAGAAAAUACUUCAGUAAUAUUUCAGUUUUUGUACAAAGUAACACAUUUAAUCCAAUGUGUCAUUUGCGAUUUCUUUGUAGUUAACUGUGAAAUUUGCUAGUAAAAGUGCAAAUUUUUUUUUAUUCUCCCUCAUGUUUUUCUAAACUUGUGUGACGUUCUUUGCUUUUUCUGUGGAGUGCAAAAGAAGAUAUUUAGAAAAAUGUUUACGUGUUUUGUUGUUCGUACAAUGAAAGUCAGUAGAGCCCCCACUGACAAAAACAGUUCCACAGAAAACAUAAAGGAGGUCAUACACAUUCAGAACAACAUAAGGGUGAAUAAACACUAACAAAAUGUGAACUGUCCCUUUAACCGUCCCUCAUAACACUGGCUGCAAUAGAAUAUGUAGUGAUGUGUGACCAUAAAUGAUUACUUUAAUUAGUUAAUUACUUGAAUACGUUGUUUUACUAAUCGAGUCCCUUGUAUAUGUCCAUACAUUAAUGGUAGAAUGCUUUCAUAGAGAGUAGUUUGUCCAGUUCAAUAUACAGACACAAGAACAGCAAGAAACCAUUGAACUGCUGACUUGGUGUCUUCUUAGAAAAUGAAUUAACACACCAGGAUGCUUCUUCUUCGUCGUCUUCUUUUUAUAAAAUUAGAUGGUAGGAGAUAAUUUAUAAUUCGUAGCGUGUAGUGUCAGGGGAGUAUAUUGCAGAGGAGAAGAUAUUGUGUAUUUCUGGAGCUGGGUCAGGAGAGGCCAUGUUGUAGUUUGUGAUGCAGUGUACAGUAUUGUUUCUGCAAUGGAUAUUGCAAUGCUGGUAGCUAAUACGAUUUGCUGGUAGCUAUUUAAAAGUCGAAUGAGAAAGAACAAGAGAUUUUGUUUACAUGACGCCCGUGGUAAGAUCUUGUUCGUGGAUGAUUUGCGAGCCCUCCGUUGCCCACCCUGGCCGAACUGGAAUGCUAUAGCAAUGGCGUUCCAUCUCUAUCAUGAUCCAAACCCUUUGCAGAAGUGCUAGCAUCAUUCAGCAAGCAAUUUUCCUUGUGUUUAACAGGACAGGCGAUGGGACAGGAGUCUGCCUUGGAGUGUGAGGCCUACGCGUAGUGAUUUUAAAGCGGAAACGGCAAACUUCAUAGUUCGAAAUACGUACAGACUCGCGUGACCCACCGCCUGUCCUGUGAAGAUUUGCACUGCUCCAUUUUCAUCUUUCUAAAGCCGUCAACCCUGUGGCCGGGGUGCGACGGUGGGCUCAGCGGGACAGGGGUUUGAUCGUAGUUUCGCCAGCGCAGCGGCUCCGUGGUGAGCUCUGUGAGCAUGCCGUCUUCUUCUUUGUUCGCUUUUUGUAUAUGAUAAAUUGGCUUCACGCAGCUGAGAAAUCGAAACACUUCAAGAGCGGCUUGUGUGCUUUUUAAAGUGGCCACAGGUGAUGAUUGAACUUGCUACGACGUGAAUAAUGCAUGUAAAAUAAACAUUAUCUUACUGUUUGAUUUCGAAACCCUUGACUAAUAUUUUUUAUAGAGCGGUGAUUAUCCUUUUUAUGCGUGUUGUUGAAAUGUUACAUUUUGAACACAGUUAUCUUGUGUAUAAAUGCUUACCAUAUAUCCAGUAGAAUGAGGAAAAAGACAAAUGUAUAUAAAAUGUCUUUUUGUAUGAUAAAAUUUUUUUUUUUUUUUUUUUUGUAUGUUUGGAUUUAGUAGUCAUAAGCUUGUGGUCAAGCCACAAAAAAAUUUGAAAAGCUCCUUCUAAAGGAUCUGCUGUUGAGAAGAAAAUGUCAGCACCAUUACCACACACCUUUCACAGUUAUCAAGUGUUAUUUUGAAGACAAAAUACGGAAAUUCAGUAAAUUCAGCAUCACUUGUCGUCAUUUUAAACAGAGCCGACAGCUUCACUGAGCUUUAGAGGUUUAUGCAGAUUCCAUUGUCAUUUUGUUGUUAUCUUCAAAACUAUUUUUUUCUCUUUUGUCAUGCUAGCUUCAAGUUCUUUAAACACAUUUUUUUCCUGUACUUCUACUUGGAAGAUUGCACUAGAUAAUCUGGUAUUGAAACUUCGUCUAGUAGUAAUAAUAAUAAUUCUUUUUAAGGUUUGCUUCUCUGUGGAUAUUUCUCAGCCUUGAUGAUCGUGAUGAAUAGAGACUAAUGAUGAGAAUGAAAGAAAGAUAGAGAGAUGAAGCUGCUUGAAUGGCACCCUUUUAUUUACCUGUUGUCAUUUAUGUGAUGAAUUUACCCUUUUAAGAUGUUGAAAUCUUGCCAGGUUUCUGUGCACGGCAAACCGCAGAGGUUUGAACUGGAUUGUUGAAGUAGAAACACGUACAGUCACACUGCAACCAUCAGUUUCUCUGACUUUUUUCCAUUAAAAAUCUAAACAUCCUUGAAAGAAAAUACAUUUACCUUAAAAUCAAGAUUGCAUAAAAUAUUAAGAGAAUCUAAAGUUUGUAUAUAUAUACAUAUACAUAUUACCGUUCAAAAGUUUGGGGUCAGUAACAGUUUUUUAACAAUACUUCUAUUUAGCAAGGGCAUGUUACAUCAAUCAAAAGUGCCAGUAAAGACAUUUAUAAUGUACAAACUUUCUAUAUCAAAGAAUUGAUAACAAUAAGAAAUGUUUAGAAUGAUUUCUAAAUCUUGUCACAUUGGCAGUUUGCCAUCACAGGAAUAUAUAAUUUUAAAGUAUAUUGAAAUAGGAAACAGUUCUUUUAAAUUGUAAUAGUAUUUCACAGUAUUACUGUAUUUUGAUCAAAUAAUCAACUUGGUGAACAUAAGACUUAUUUCAAAAAUAUUUAGAAAUUUUACCAACCCUAAUCUUUUGAAUGGUUGCGUACAGUAUAUAUGUGACCCUGGACCAUAAAACCAGUCUUAAGUAGCACGGGUAUAUUUGUAGCAAUAGCCAACAAUACAUUGUAUGGGUCAAAAUUAUUGAUUUUUCUUUUAUGCCAAAAAUCAUUACACUGUAAAAAAAAAAAAUUUUGCUACUCUGCUGCCUUAAAAUUUUAUGUUUAGUCAACACAAAUAUCUAAGUUGUCCCUUAGUUCAGCUUAACAUUUCAAGUUGACUAAACAUUUGAAGGCAGUGAGGUAACAAGUGUAAAGAUCGUGUUCCAUGAAGAUAUUUUGUAAAUUUCCUACCGUAAAUAUAUUAAUUUUUGAUUAGUACUAUGCAUUGCUAUUUAGAUUUUUUUGUACCCUCAAAUUCCAGAUUUUCAAAUAGUUGUAUCUUGGCCAAAUUUUGUCCUAUCCUGACUUAUUUAUUCAGCUUUCAGAUGACGUAUUAAUCUCAAUUAAAAAAAAAUGACCUUUCUAACUGGUUUUGUGGUCCAGGGUCACAUAUAUAAAUAUAAAUUAGGGAUGUUUAGGUCUUUUACUUGAGAAAAAUAUAAACAUACAGAUUAAAGAAUGAUUUUUUUUUUUACAGUGCAGUUUCUUGAACCACCUCUGGACAAUCAGUGGCGUGGCUUACCUCAGCCCGUUGAUAGUUUUAUGGAGCGUGUUUGUACAGAUUACCAUAACUAGCAGGACUUUAGACCUCACUCUUCUGAGUGCCUUCCUGGAUUCAGCCUGGAGCUGUUGGAUGUGGGUUUACGGUGCGUGAUCUUCCCCUGGUUUUGUACGAUCAGCCUACUCAUGCCUGUAUUUACCAGAAUUGGUGGAAUGUGCAUGACUGAAAAGAUUGUUUAAUUCUGAGGUCCAGGCACUUUAAUUAGUCAUUGACACAUGUAAUUAUGCUGAAUAGAAUGUAAAUUUCCCUAGUCUAAUUUCCCUAUGCACCCACUGACAUAAACAGGAUGUGAGGAGACGCUACUCAGGCAUACGUGAGAGAAUUAGACAUGCAUGAGUGUUUCACUUGUACCGUUUCCUUUUGCGGUUUGUGUAAUGUAAACCCUGCAAUACCGUGAACGUGAACAUGUGGUCAGAUCUUUGUUUUGUCUCCUCUCAGUAAGGGCUGGACAACCUCUUCAGGGCCGAGGCACUGGAAUGCAGUUUCUACUCUUUCCUUCCAUUUUCAGUGUUGUGACACUUCUCGCCAGCUGAUGAAUUGAUAGUGGCAGCAACUGGUGAAUCUGAAAUAGAUGAUAUGCAGUUAUGUUAGUCUGCACCGGUUUGAAACCCAUUAUAACAGCUCAAUCCAGCUGCUCGGUUCGAAAUCAAACUAAUAGUAAUACACUAAAGAUCUGGGAAUUGUACUCUGUGAACCGCAUCUAUGCAACUAAUCCAGGCUUUACUGAAGUCUUUGCGCAGAAUGUUCUUGCUAAUACUAAGGACUGUUUCAAUGUGUGUGAAGCCAUUUAAGCUGGGCUAACCUACCAUUAUAGUUCUGGUAUUUAGUGAAAAAAGACUGUUUAAUACUGCGUUUACAUCUGGUCAGAAUUGUAUACGAAAUGAGAUUCAUAACUAAUCACUACAUCAAAUCACAUCUUCAUGCUCUUGCAAAAAAUAGAAAUGAAGAAAAUGAACCUGUAAUAAAAUAUCAUUUAUCUUCUAAAUAUACACACGUUCAAAAGUUUGGGUAAGAUUUAAAAUAAUAAUAAUUUUAUUCCAUAAGGAUGCAUUAUAUUCAUUAAAAGUGACAGUUAAGACAAAAAAAGUUGAAUUCUGAAAAUUCAGCCUUGCCAUUACAGAAAUUAACAUUUUAAAAUGUAAUCGAAAAGCUAUUUUAAAAAGUAAAAUUAUUUCACAAUAAUAGUUUUACUGUAUGUUUAAUAAGCUAAAUGCAAUAAGUGUGCACAAUAGACAUAUUUCAGAAAAUCUUACCGAGCCCAAACUUUUGAAUGGUGAUUCUGACUUGAUUUGAAUGCAGCAUUAUAAAUAUUCUUGCCCAGGUCUGACAGUGCAUUUGUGCAUAGGUGAGGUCAUUGGUUAAACUGACAUUAUCCCAUUUAAAGUACGUAAUUCAAACUUCUCAACUCAUGUUGCUGAUUGAGCUGUGGGGGCGAUGGAUGGUUUUAAUCUGAAAUUUGAUGACAUUUUACUGUAGAGUUGAUGGUGGCGCACUGUUUCUGGGGUAGAUAUGAAUAUAAAUAUGAAUGAAGACCCAUCCUUAACUUUUAUAGAACGGCUUGUUAUUUUUACACUCCCUUUUUCACUCUAGCAAACCAGCAAUUCAAAUCGAAGGUAUAUACAUAGAUAUAACUGGGUUAAAACACAAGUUUAACAUGCAGUGCCUGUCAUUUUACCGCUUCGCUUUGGUUUCUUUUUCCUCACCCAUGUGAUCUCUGUAAACCGGGAGCUGUGGGUUUUCACCGUCCCGCUGACAUCAUCUCUGCAGUGUUGGUCUGGAUUGGAGACAGCUUUUGUUUAUCAGACGCUUUUUGUACAUUAUUAUCCAACCGAGGGGCCAGAUUUGCCAAAGCCUCUCAAUAACACAACCUCUGAGUGACAUUGAGGUUCGUACAGUCUGACGAUGCUAAGAAUGCUAAGGGCUUUUUUAAAUCUGGCCCUAAGGUUGAAAUGGCUCAAACGGGGUGAAGAAAACGUCUCUGUUCAGAGGGGAGAAAAGCCAUUCUUGGGCUUUGCGAUUUAUGCAAUAUUUUGAUAAGUCUUUCACACAAAUGAAUUGCCAAAAACACCCUGACAUACCGCCUACUCCCGAAUGUUUGAGACCCCCAAAACAGUCACACAUCGAUGUUUCAGGGUGCCCUCUCUCCCAUUAGAACAAUUGUUUUUUUGUUUUUAUUCUGAAUUACGUUUUCAUUUCUAUGAAUAUUUCUAUCGUUGUUGUUUUGUUUGUUUUUAAGCAUGCUGUUUUCUCUAUGUUUGGACGCUUUGAGUUGAAAGGACGAAGGUUGAAAUGUUUUUCAGAGAGCAUUCUAAUGCAGUGUUAAAUUUCAAGGUUUUUGUUGGUUUUUCCUUCCUCUUUUUUUUUUUAAUCACAUUAUUCUUUACAAAUAUUACCAUAGUAGUUACUCAUUAAACGCUUGCUUGCUGCACAGAUAAACACACUUCACACCAGGAAGGGGCAUGUGGACAUUUAGUUCAGACGCAUACACAACUGGCAUGCUGACAUGCAUCCAUGUUCUUUUGGAAAGCAUCGGAUUUUCGUUAUUUGUGUCUAUUUCUCUAAGAACCU